UGUGGGCAGAGGCGGUAGGCAGAUCGCAUCUCUGGUCCCUUCUGGCCUGGCUCCUUUCUCCCGAAUGGUAAAAAUGAGGAAGUCAGGGGGGCUCCAGAGGAGCGGAAAGGGAGUAGAUACACCCCGGAGGAGGAGAGCAGAGCUGCCUCGUACCCACCCCCCGCCGCGCGCAAUCUCUGCCUGAGUCCCCGCUCCAAUCCCUUCUGCACUUCACCGCCUGAAGACGGGGACACAUCAGAUCCCAGCUGACAGCCUGCUGGGUUCUGGUCACUUAGGUGACUCCUCCCCCGCUGCCUCCACCUCCGUUCUCCAGUAUUUCGUGUUUUUCCAGUUCUGGUCAUUGCUGCACAAGGAACCCCAAAAUCGCAGCCUUCGGACAUUCCGCAGCUCGACCUGCCCCCCCCCAACACCGGUCCCGACCCCACUUCCAACCUCACCUGUACACUCAGAACCAUCCCCAAGCCUCUCUCCACCCUGGGCUCAUCCUCAACUCGAGCCUCAUCUCUUCCUUUGACUCCGGUCCAGACGUCGGCUCCAAGGAGUCCCAGCCUCCCCCUUGGGCCCAGCUCCUGCCUCCGCCUGGCAGCCGGCCCUGCCCGCCUUUCAGCUCCGACGGCCCCAGGCUCGGUCCAAGCAUGUCAGUGCAGUAUGAAAAAUUCCAGCACUUGGAGAGUGAGAAGCAAAGCCAGCGGUCUAGAAAUGGGCUGUGUCCUCCUCUGUGCUUCCUGUACCGGCUCUGCUCUGGCCCCCGGCCUCUCCUGUUCUCCCUGGGCCUCAGCCUCCUCCUGCUGGUCGGCAUCGGUGUGAUCGGCUCCCAGAAUUCCAGGUUUCGGAGGGACCUGGUGACCCUGAGAGCAACUUUCAGCAACUUCACUGCAAACACUGUGGCGGAGGUCCAGGCACUGAAAUCCCAGGGUGGCCAUUUGCAAGAAGUGAUAACAUCUCUGAAAGCCGAGGUGGAAAAUCACAAGCAGGGGUUGCAGGCAGCCCGUAGCUUGAAGGACAAGGUGUUUUCCCUGGAGAGCAAGCUGGAGCAGGAGCAGAAGGAGCUCAAAGCAGGUCAUUCCGAUACCCUCCUUCGGGUCCAGCAGUUGGCCAGAGACCUGAGAUCCCUGACGUGCCAGAUGGCCACUCUCAAGAGCAACGGCUCUCAAAAUACCUGCUGCCCCCCUAAGUGGCUGGAGUACGAGGGCAGCUGCUACUGGUUCUCCGGCUCUGGGAAGACCUGGGAGGACGCGGAGAGGUACUGCCAGCUGGAGAGCGCCCACCUGGUGGUCAUCAACUCCAGAGAGGAGCAGACUUUUGUGCAGGGCCAUAUCGGCUCAUACACCUGGAUGGGCCUCAGUGACCCUGAAGGAGUCUGGAAAUGGGUGGAUGGGACAGACUACGAGACCAACUUCAAGAACUGGAAGCCAGGCCAGCCGGAUGACUGGCAUGGGCAUGGGCUGGGUGGGGGCGAGGACUGCGCCCACUUCCACCCCGACGGCAAGUGGAAUGACGAUGCCUGCCAGAGGGCCUACCGCUGGGUGUGCGAGGCCGGCCUGGGCACGGCCAGCUAGCGCGGCGGCAGGUGCUUCCCGCAGAACCGCUCAGCCGCCCGCCGGCGGGGAGCGGGAGGGGGCCUUCCCCUGAGACCCCUCACGAGACCCUGCGGAGAGGAAUGAGCCCACGGACGUCGGGGCGCUGCCACCGUUUUGAAUGUUUUUCUCCUUGGCAUUCAAAAGACUCUAGAGUUCCUCAAGGGUUUGCUUUUUUAACCUCAGCUGCGUCGAGGUAUCCUUGACAUACAAAAUUGUAAGACAUUAGAGGUGUACGUCAUUGUGAUUUGAGAAACAUAUACCCUGGGAAGGGGUCCCCCAUCCAGUUAAUAACUUCACAUAUUCAUCUCGUGUGUGUGAGAACACGUACGUUCUGCUCGCUUGGUAAAUUCCAGUUAUACAAUAUGUAAGCAACUGUGGUCACCGUGAGAUCCUCAGACCUUAUUCAACUAAGAGGUGCAAGUUGGUGAACCUCUCCCGAUUUCUGCACUCCCCACCUCCACCAUCAUACCCUCUUUUUCUCUGAAUUUGACCUUUUUCUUCCCCCCGAUCCACAUAUAAAGAGAAUGGUGCAGUAUCUGUCUCUCUCUGGCUUAUCCACUUGGCAUAAUGCCCUCAAGGUCCAUUCCUGUUGUUGCAAAUGGUAGGAUUUCCUUCUUUCUUAUGGCUGGACACUGUUGCAUUGUGUACACACACAUCUUUAUCCAUGCACCCACUGAGGGACAUUUCAGUUGUUUCUGUGUCUUGGUUAUUGUGAAUUAAUGCUACAAUAGAUAUGGAAGGGCAGAUGCCUCUUUGAUACUCUGUUUUCAUUCCCUUUGCCUACAUGUCCAGAAAUGGCAUGGCCGGAUCACAUGGUAGUUCUGUGUUUAAUUUUUUGAGGAAACUUCUUACCAUUUUCCAGAGUGGCUAUACCAGUUUGCUUCCCACCAACAGUGCAUGAGGCUUCCCUUUCUCCAUAAC